AUGCCUCGCUCCCGAGUAAUGUCGUUCAUGUCCCAAUGGGGCGCUCCUUCGAGGAGUUUCACACCAGAGCCCAAGCCUCAGAUGUCAGAGGACCCUUUCAACAGCAACCCUGCCAGACCACCAAAGAUUGAUACCUCCUUUGCCUCUGCUACGAACAAGGUCGUCGAUGCGUCGAACUCGCCUUCGCCGAGCACCCAGCAGCGUUUCCGCUCAGAUUCUCGUUCGGAACGCACGUCACGACCCAUGUCCAUGGUCUACACCUACCAGCCGCCCAUCAUGGAUCUCGCUCAAGACACGCUGCCAGAACUCCAGCCAAUCUUUACUUUUCUCAACAGCCAUUCCAACAAGCUGUAUCAAGAGGGCUAUUUCCUGAAGUUGCACGACUUAGACUCCCGAGGACGCCCAAGCGUGGACAGAGCAUGGACAGAGUGCUUCGCUCAGCUGGUCGGCACAGUACUCUCGUUAUGGGAUGCUGCUGCACUGGAUGCUGCCGGUGAAGAUGGCGAGGUCCUGCCCACAUUCAUCAACAUCGAAUCACUCCCAAUGAACGGAUCUGCAGGAGGUCAACUCCAAAACGUCUUAAGCAUCUCCACCGCAGCAAACAACCGCUACCUCCUCCAUUUCAAUUCCCUCAACUCCCUCACACAGUGGACCGCUGGCUUCAGACUUGCCAUGUAUGAGCACGCAACAUUACAAGAAGCUUACACUGGCUCCCUUAUUGCUGGAAAGGGCAAGAUGCUGAACAAUAUCCGCACAAUCAUGGAAAGAAGCAAGUUCAGAACAGAAGACUGGGCUCGUGUCCGCUUCGGAGCAGGCACACCUUGGAGACGCUGCUGGUGUAUCAUCUCGCCUCCAGAUGAGAAGGAGUGGGCGAAGUAUCAAAAGGCGCUGAAGAAGCGUGACACAUACGACCGCAAGGUUGAGGUACCCAAGGGCGACAUCAAGUUCUACGAGACCAAACGGGUCACAAAGAAGACACGACCCAUUGCUACCAUCAAGGACGCAUUCGCUGCAUACGCCAUUUACCCUCAGUCGAAGCCACUCAUCGACCAAUCUACGCUUAUCAAACUCGAAGGCCAAAUCACUAUUCACGGCGCAAAAGACACAACAGCCGAAGGCUUCCUCUUUGUCAUGCCGGAGGUGCAUCCAGCAGUCAGUGGGUUCGAGAUGAUGCUUCGUUGGUUGUUCCCUGUGUGGGAUGUUUUCGCUCUUUACGGCCGCCCCAAUCGUCUGAUUGCCGACUCUCUUGACCAGCGCGGUUUGAUGUUUGCCAUGCCUCGCGAUCGAAGAUAUGGUUAUUUGGAUAUCUUAGACGUAUCUGGCUUGAUCCACACCAAGGGCAGUCAAACAUGGUCCGAACAAGACUGGAGACGAGAGAUGAAGAAGUUGACAUCGCAUCGCAUGAACGCUGCCGACGACACACCCCCACAGGCAAGAGGAAGACGCAACACGCUGGGCCUGGCAAGCAGGACAAGCCUCAAUCACGGAACGGUCCGCUUUGGCAAUGACAGCUCCGAGAAUUCGUCGCCAUCACCGGGCAGAGGGUCUCCGGGACCUGGAGAAGGUUCGAUCCAAUUUGCUCCUCCGCGCCGGGUUGAAACGACGCCCAUGACUAUGGGUAGCCCGGGUCGCGGGCACAAUCGUUCAGCCUCGGACGCGCUCGGAUACAAGCGGUUUCAGACAGAGAACCGUUCGCGUCUCUCUUACGAGGCGACCAGCAUGCACGACAUGGCGCCCGAGCCACCUGCUCACGGCGGGACUUUGUCCGAGAAGAAGAUUCCCACAGUGCUCGAGCGAGUGCCUUCAGAAGAGACGCCGUACACGUACGAACAAGAAGGACGUCUUGAGCCGGCCUUUGAGGAGCUAAAAAUACGCUCUGGCUCCCCUCCAACGGUCCCUGUGGCGUCGCCCCCGAAACUCAUGCACGGGCCCAACGCUAGGCCCACUAACCUCAACCUGACACCUGAAUUACGAAGGGCCAACUCGGCCAUGGAUGCGGCGACGCUGCAACAGCUCGCAGAGGCCACCGGUGCCACGCCAUACAACGAAAAGGAGCAAUUCGACUUUGCCAAUGCACGAGAGGUAGCUAGUGUCACCAACAGGACUCAAAGAUCGCUCGCUGACCCCUCGUUCCGCAAUGAAGAGGUAAACCUCGCUCCAGGAACAAUACAUCAAGCUGCCCACCGCCUACCCCCCAUCCCUGCAUCUCCGUACAACCGUCCUGCACAACCCGCUGCAGCUGCAGCUCCCGCCAUGUAUAGACAAGACGCACCUCCUCCUGUGCCGCAACACACCAACCAUCCAUCAGCUGUUCCCGCACGAAGCCUUGCAAGUCCACCUCCAUUAGCUAUGGCUGCAUCAAUCAGCAGAAAGCCUGUCCCGAACGGUAAUCAAGCUCCUGGAUACACAAGUCCUCCUCCUCCUCAGAGCCCUACUCUCUCUCGAACAUCAAGCAAUGCGAGUCUACAGAAUGAGCUCAUGCAGCAAGCUAUGCUUGAGCAGAUGCUUCAGCAAUCACCAGAGACACUCAACAGGGUCGUGAGUCCUCCUGUCAGUAUUCCUGACGAUGACUCGGUCGAUUAUUCGAGCGUCAAGAGCAUGUCACCGCCAAAGAGGAAGCCGCUUGAAAGGAGCCGGACGGGUCGCCUCAAGACUGUUGGCAAUCCCGAAUACGAGCCUCAGACACGAAGCCGCUUUGACGCCGAAUCCGGGCUGCCCAUCAAUUUCGGCCCUACAUUGACCUACAAGCCGAACGCUCGACCCUCUACAGGUGGUAGCAUGCCCGCUGUCGAAAACCAAGAAGACCCCGACCUGCUUCAACGUCCUUCCUCACGCCUCACACAAAUGGACAGUAAGAGAAACUCCCUCCUCGACUCUCGUAGAACACCGAACGACGACAUGAAUCAGGACAAGCGUAGGAGCGUUGCCUGGCAACCAGCAGCUGCUCCUGGCGAGUCUAUCGAUCAAGGUCUCACCGCUGAACAAUGGGUUCAAUACCGUGCCUCUCUCGCUGCCGCUCCAUUGACCCAGUCGCGAGCCACUCCAGUCUUUGGGCACGCUAGAGACCACUCAAACGUCAACCGUACCUCCAAGACGCCACCGUUCAGUCGUCCGGCAUCUGGUCUUAGCCGUACAAUGUCUGGAGAUUGGACACAGCAGCUCAACCGCAUGUCGCUCAACCGCACGCCCUCCGGUGAUUGGGGCCAGCAUGCAAGCCGCAUGUCCCUCAGCAAGACCCCACCACCUCUCAGUAGAACUCCUUCUGGAGAUUGGAGCAAGCAGGUUCCGUCUCGUCCACACUCUCGCAACGCCGGUGCUUUCUUGAAUCCUCCUAGUCCUGGGAGAACUUUGCAGCUUCAAGGCUCGUCGCUGUCAGCUCACGAGCAGAUGCAGGUUGCUCGCAUGACAGGUACCUCGAUGAUCAAUCUGAGUGAUAGAGAUAAGCGUAAGGACCUCAACGAAUUGGACGCUCCAGGCUUGGUUGGUGCUAUGGCAGUUCGUGAACGCCAGCGAAACAUUAAAAGAGAAGGUCUUCGAAACAACGCAGUGCAGCAAGCGAUUGCGGCACGUCAGCAACAACAAUUGCAAAAUGAAUUCGAUGCUCAAAUGAGAGCACAGGUCGAGGCUCAGGAGUAUGCUCAGCAGCAGGCCGAGCUUCAUGCUCAACACAUAGCCCACCAGCAAGCACAGCACUACGCACAACAAUACGCUCAGCAACAGGCUCAACAGGCUCAGUUACAGCAGCAAAUGGCUCAUCAGCAAGCACAGCAAUAUCAGAUGCAAUUGCAAAUGCAGCAGCAGCAGCAGCAAGCCAACUACCCGUAUGCAAGUGGGCCAGGCACAGCUCAACAACGAUCCUCGCAGUAUUUGGGACACAUGAGUCAGCAUGGAGGAUGGAGCAAUGCAGGCUCGCCUCAGCCUCAACCAGGUUAUGCGCAGUCAUACUUUGGCCAAGGUGACGGACAGCAUAGACAACAGCGAAGAUAUUAG